AUGUACGACACCCACAACCCUGGAUUCUGUUACCACUGUACCGGCACCAUAAAGGAAAGUGGAUCUGUGACCAUGGAACAACCCAAGGACACCUACGAUGUCGUUCGCGAGAUGCUCUUUACCAAUGGAGAGCUGGACCCCGACAAGAUGCUUUGCUUGCAUCUUUUGACUGCUCAUACUGUCAAGUCUAAUGACAGCGAAUGGAAUAAUUCCUCCAUUAAACCAGUCACAUCGUUACUGGAAAAAGGUGACACUCUUAAUUGUAGCGGUGCGUGGAACAAUAUUCUCCCCUGCUAUGUGGUUGACAUUCGAAGAGAUGCUGAUGUGUCUGGUGAGUUUUCGGACCAGCUGAAGUACCACAAGGAUCCUCGUGUGUUAGUUCAGGAGGAAGAAACUGUCGCAGGAUUCGAGCGUGGAUACAAACAAUACGUGGAGAAUAACGAAGACGCCGCCAUGGCACUGUUUAUUAAUAAUGAACGCUCUAAAAUGGUGCCUAGUCAAUUGGGAAAGAUGCCGAUUAUUUCGCCAGAUGUUUGUUCCUUUCUCAAAGCUUCUCGUGAAUUAAAAACGAAGCAAGUUGUCACCAGUGGACCUACUCGUGGAAGUUCUAGAAGAUCCAGCUUGGACGUCUUCGAUGAAAGGAGCUUUUCUCUUCAUCUGGACGAUGAAAGAAUAUUAUCUAGUCAGCGUCUUACAAAUUCUUUCUUCAAAGGUGCAACCCACUCCAAGAUCUCUAUUUCAAGAAGUCCGACGAGAAAGCAGUCUGAUAAUAAGUCUAGUUUCAAGGUAGACCGCAGCAUUACGAUGUUAAAAGCUAAAAGUGGAAGGUCCAUCCAGGAACUCAGGCAUUUCAUUCACGAGGAAAGUGAAACGACCCCGGACUUAAUAACGAUUAAAUCGAGCAAUAAAUCCGGAAAGGACGUGGCUUCAAAGUCCUCUGGCACGAAAUCACCGUUUCAAAGAUUUGGAGAUGAUGCCCGUUUUUCAGAAUCCUUGCACUCUCUCCUUUCUGGAGUUACGACUCCGAAAACGAUCGCCGAAAGAAAGAAAAAGUGUUUUUACCUUAAAUAUCCUGUAAAGUGCAUGGACCUGAGGAACAGAAGUUUUAAGAUUGUCCCAAUUCUCGUAAAUAUUCAAAUUCAAACCCUAGUGCAUACUGUGUUGGAUGUAUUGGCAAAAGUCAAUCCAAGGAAAAUGAAAAAAAUCCUUCACGUUGCGAAAAAUCCGAAAGAGAUCCAAAAAAUGUUGUUGCGACCAGACAUACAGAUUUUCCUCGAAUCUUUGCACGGCCUGCCUUUUGUCUCAUCGCCGGGGAGUUUUGUCGUUUCAAAAGCGAUCGUCAUCGAAGAAGUCGACCCUCGGUUCGAAAAAAUUUUGGAAAAGGAAUUAGUUGUCCGAUCUUUGGAAGUUCCGCCAGCUCCGAGCUUGGAUGUUCUUGUUACGGAAAUUCGAAGAAAUCUCUUUAACGAUCCUAACAAAACAAAGACUGUAAACGACGAAGAGAUGUUGGCUAAUUUAAAAAUGAAAUUUCUUUCGAAAAACGAACACGGGAAUGAAAACGCGGUUAAACCAGUUUUCGAUACCAAUGAAUUUUGCGACGCGAUUUCUUGUGAAAAGGAAAGCACCACAUUCAGCGAUACUUGUAAAACUGUAGAAAAUGAUGGAGUGAAUGAGAAAACAGAUAGAUCGAUGAAAAAUUUUAAUAAGGGAAAUACUACUUUUUACCUUCCAAAAGAGAUUGAAAGAUUAAACAAGUCAAGAAAGCGUACAAAGGACGAUGCCACGAUGGGUCGAGGUAGACCGACUUCAGCUGAAAAGUGUCAAUUUAAGCCUUGGAAAGCCACGCAAGAUCCCAACUAUUUUGAUCCUGAUCGCGUGAUAUUGCGAAGGAUGUCGAAUAGUCAAAGAAUUUUAGUAAGCCAAAUGUGUGCGUCCCUGAAAACGAGGAAGAUUAACAUGGAAGGUCUUGUCAAGGAAAGGACUCCCCUUGCCGCAUUAAUUACUCCGGCGUUGUCUCGCGAAAGUAUACGAAUCUUGACAAGAGGAACGUUGUACCCUAAGACAAACACGUCGCAAAAAAUACCCGACAAAAAAGAUGAAAACACCUCUUCCACUGAUACACUCGAGGGCCCCGUUUUAACUAAGAUACGCCAGGGAAUUGCUGAGAGUGAAACAAGUCGGAGAUUAAAGAGCUUUCUAAGGGACUGA